AUGAACAACACUCUUGUACCAUCAACAACACCAUCAUUCCAAUCCAAUUUCAGUAAUAGUUAUCAUGGCCGUAACAACAAUCAUCACCUUUUGCCACUAUCUCAGCCUCAGGAACAACAACCAUUCGUUAUGAAUGAAGGCGGCUCUUCUUCAUGCGCCAACCAACCUUGUGUGAUGGAUCCGAACUCUCGUGAUGAAACAAUCAACACUCCUAACAAGUCUGUAUUGGCAAUGCAAAACAACCACAACCAACAACAGCAACUUGGCUUACCAACAUUUGAUGAGCAUUUACGUUUACUGAACCAAGUCCAACAAAUCAUGAUGAUGAAUCAACAAAAACAACAAAUGCAAAAGCUCGUGAAUGGUUCCAGUACUGCUCUUGCUAAUCCAGGAGGCAUGAUGCUGGGUAAUUAUCAUCACCAAUUAAGCGAUCCAUUAUUAAUGAAUAAUAACACUCUCGGAGCUACUACCACACACGAUUCUACUAACAUGAAUGCAAUAUUGGCUUCUCAAUACUCUCUGUUAAAUCAACCAUUGAUUCUCCAGAAGCAACAACUCACAACUCCAACUUCAUUCACUAACCAACAUGUCAUCCCUUCCAAGCCACAACUGCAACAACAACAGAUCAUUACUUAUCAUAGUGUGGAGGGAUGCAUUGUGGAUGAAAACAAGAUUUUUGGCAAUAUAAAUGUAUUGAAUGCAGAUGAAACCAAGCAAACCAAGAUUGUAGUCAUGCCAACCAGUGUCUUUCAGAGAUUCUUACAACCAGUUCUGGAACAUAUUAAACAGGCACUCUUUGCUCCAUUGCAACAAUUGCCUCUCAUUCCACAUGCAUUUCAACAACAAUCAACCAUGUCACCACAAUUGUCAUUUAUUGAUCCAUUUCAACAAGUACAACCUCCAUCCGAAUUGAAUUUGAAAUUGGUAGUGAAUUCUGAAGACUUGGAACCAUUCAUGCAACAGCAAGAAUUCCAACAACAUCAUGAUCAUGCAUCAAAUAAUGAUAUUUUAACGAGCACUGGUGUUUCUCUCAAUCAAGAUGAGGCUUUAAACCAGUUGCUCUUCGAGGGUUCUUCCACUCAGCAUCGAUUCGAUGUUAACGAGCAAUCAUCAUUGUUAACUUGCAAUAAUGAGGUCAUACAAGCCAAGCCAUCCUCUGAUCAAGCUGCUGUGAAUGAUGACGCGAACGAUGAAGGUUCAAUUAUUUUCGAAGACAAUGAAAACCAAGACAUGGCUUCGACUUGUACAUUGCAAGCAGCAGAGCUUGGUCAUGCAGUGGAUGAGUGCUCCAAAGACAACACACAACAAGGUAAUAAUUACAAAAAAACAAACAAUAAGAAGGGAAUUAAGAAGAAGAGAAAGUACAUUAAGAGUGGACUGUUCCGUAAGGACCCCAAAUCUGGUCAAUUUUUAUUUUCGUCCAGAGAUCGAGCAAGAUUAGCUACAUUAAUAACUCCAAAUGAAAGUACCACCGGAUCAUGUAGUGUCAAUAUUGCAGAUGAAGCGACAACCCAUGAAGAAAAUGCUAACAGCCAAAAUAGCCAAACCGAAAGCAUUGCAUUGUUUGGUAGUGGUAAUAGCACAGAUCAACACAGCAAUUCUUCGUCACCUCAUGUCAGCUCUUUGAGCCCAGAAUACCAUGGCAUGGAUGAGCAUGAUCGGUUGGCAUUUGAACUCUAUUGUCGUGAAACUGUUCCAAUUCACAAAGAUGCAGCUUCAAACAUGAUCUUAUUGAGGGAGCAAUGGAGACUGCUUCCGCAAGAAGAGCGAGAACGUUACAAGAGAUCCGUAGUUGUUUUGGGUACUAUUGACAAUUCCAAUGCUUGUGAUGGCGUUGCAAUGACAAAUGUUGAUGGCAUGGAGGAAUUAUCAGAAAAAGAUGGCAACAAUACUGUCGUUGGAAAGUAUUCUCGUGUGAAACGUCCACUGAAUGCCUAUAACAUCUUUUGCAAAAUUCACUUUCCAGAAUUUCAGCAAAGGUACCCAAAUUAUACAAUCAACCAAAUUUCCAAACAUAUUGGAGAGAAGUGGAAAUCUCUCUCUAACGAAGAAAGACAACCUUAUAUUGAGCAGUCAAAAAAGAAUUCGCAACCUGUUGUGAAGAAACCUUUGUCUGCAUACAACAUUUUCUGCAAGAGUCAGUUUGAAAUUUUCAAAAAGAAAUAUCCAGAUCUCAGUAUUCACUUGCUGUCUCGAAAGGUUGCUGAUUCAUGGAAGAGCUUGAGCGAGGAUGAAAAGCGUGUCUAUUACGAGGGUGCUCAGAAACAACGUCAAGAAAAUCUUCUUCAAGUUCACAAUAUGAUUCCAACCUGUAUCAAACAGCAAUAG